CGCACCGCCGCUAGCACGCAAACAAAGCUUCCAAGCCUUAACAAAUGACUGCAAGUUGGUAACUGAACUUAUUUGUGUUAGAUAUUGUGCUCAUGCUAAUAGUGAUCUAGUGAAGAUACGACUUGUGAUCAGUGAGGAGUGAUCGACUAUGAUGAUAUCAAGAGCGCUACUCAUAGCGCUGUGUUGCGCAUACGCAACGUCAUUGACUCCACUCUCAGCCGCCGGCGAUGAUAACGACUGCGCUCUAUACCUGAGCGGACCGGGCCGCACAUCCGCCUACGACUACAGCCUCAACCUGCUCAAGGGCAACUUUGGCUAUGAAGGACAACAUACGUGUAUCACCUAUGAAGCAGUCAACCAAGCUUACUUGGAAGCUAGAAACCGAAUUGUGGUGGCUCAACCAAAAGGCGAUUGGAAAGCUGAAGACUUUGCAAGUGUCGGCGAACUCUUAUUGGAUAUCUCGAUCAACUUAGCACGGAUAUACGGAUUAACUUACGAAGAAAUCGAAAAAGGCCUACCCCUGAUCGACACUUCACGAACACUUAUCCGAGAAGUAUGCCCCCCAGUAUUCUCACACGUCGAAUGCAGAGCUGGUAAAUACAGAAGAUUCGAUGGACUUUGCACUAACCUUCAACAUCCAACUUGGGGUGCAACUAUGGCGCCCUUCCAGAGAUUGAUCGGCCCACUAUUUUCUGACGGCAUCAAUGCUCCGCGUAUCUCGCACACUGGUCGCGACCUCCCACUCUCGAGGGUGGUCUCGCGCACCAUGCACCCUGAUGAAGGCUUCCAUGAUCACGCUGGUACCGUGAUGGUCAUCGCCUGGGGCCAGUUUAUGGAUCACGAUUACACACUUACUGGCACACCGCUUGAUCCCGUUAACCGGAAUGAUCCCGAAGAAUGCUGCAAGCGACCCCCACAUUUAAAACAUCCAUACUGCAAUGAAAUCCGAGUACCUGAUGAUGACUACUUCUACCGUUUGUUCGGAGUGAAAUGCAUUGACUUCGUGAGAGGUUUCCCUUCACCGCGCCCAGGAUGCAGAUUGGGAUCGAGAGUUCCCUUCAACACGCUAACUGGAGUACUUGAUGGAAACACAGUAUAUGGUGUAACAGAGAAAUUCGCUAGAAAACUACGUACAGGCUUCGGUGGUCUUCUCCGUAUGAACCCAGUUUUCAAAGAGUAUGGACUGAAGGACUUGCUGCCACUGAAACUCGACAUUCCAGAUGAAGGAUGCACUCGACCAAACAAGAAUAUGUACUGCUUUGAAGCUGGUGAAAUCCGAGUAAACGAACAGUUGGUUCUAACUGUGAUGCAUACACUCAUGGCUAGAGAACACAACCGCGUUGCUCGUGGUUUGGCCGAAGUCAACCCCCACUGGGACGACGAGACGCUGUUCCAAGAGGCACGGCGUAUCAACAUUGCUGAAAUACAGCACAUCACUUACAAUGAAUUCUUGCCUAUUUUGCUAGGUAAAGAUGUCAUGGAGAAGUUUGGUCUGGUACUUCAGAAAGAGGGUUAUUGGGACGGUUACGAUUCCGACGUGAACACCGAUGUGAUCGACGCGUUUGCUGCUGCCGCGUAUCGCUUUGGCCACUCCCUGCUGCCUACAGCUGUUGAAAGAUGGUCUAAAGCACAUAAAUUCAUUGCAUCAAAGAGAUUAUCAGACCUUAUUCGCCGACCCUACGACCUAUACAGAGCCGGUGUGCUCGACGAAUACGUAAUGGGAUUGAUGAACCAAGUAGCUCAAGCUAUGGAUGACUCCAUUACACAAGAAGUUACGAACCAUCUGUUCAAGAAAGUAGGCGCCCGGUUUGGAAUGGACUUAGUCUCGUUCAAUAUGCAAAGAGGUCGUGAGUUUGGACUGCCUGGGUACAUGGAGUUUAGAAAGUUCUGCGGUUUAUCUGGAGCCGAGACUUUCCAGGACCUUUUCGGAACUAUGUCUAACGACACAGUACAAAAAUAUCAAACGAUAUUUGAACAUCCAAUCGAUGUAGAUUUGUGGUCCGGUGGUGUAUCUGAGAGACCAUUGCCAGGUUCCAUGUUGGGACCCACAUUUGCUUGUAUUAUUGCCACUCAAUUCUCUUAUUCGAGACGUGGUGAUAGAUUUUGGUAUGAAUUACCAAAUCAACCAUCAUCAUUCACACCAGAACAGCUGGUAGAGGUGAGAAAGGCUCGCCUCGCUCGCGUCAUUUGUGACAACACAGAUAUCAUUGACACCGUUCAGCUUUAUCCCAUGGUCUUGCCUGAUCAUGAAUUAAAUCCCCGAGUACCCUGCAGGAGUGGUAUAAUUCCGUCAAUGGACUUCACAAAAUGGGCAGAACCAGCACCAUUCCAGGGCGCCGCGAAGCAAUUCGUGAGUAGCUUCACGUACAACCCAUAUGUAGGAAAAAAGUAGUCACUGGCACUUAGACUGUAGUGAUCAGAGAAAAUGCACCUACCGUAGGUAACGGGAAGUUACUGUGUAAAUAAUAAGGCACAGAGGCAGUAGUGGAUCAAGGUUACAUAUAUUAUGUUGAACUUUGUGUAUAAGACCUAGCAAUGAGAAUAGAAAUAUAGAAUGUGCCUGCUAUUUGCCGACUUCAGUUAAGAUUGACAGAGUACCGAAUGGGUACAGAGUGUAGAUACUUACUUUAUAUCCCUGUGAUACUGUAAUUUACGUACUAUUAUUAAAAAUAUACAGAUUUCUAAUAUUCAAACAUCAAUUUCUAAUUAUCCCUGAUCCGCUACUGUAGACAGUCUAGGUCAAAGUUUUUGUCAGCCCCCUAAGUAUAUUCAUAGCAGGCUCCUUACAGAAUUAUAAGUAGAAAAAAGCAAGUGUAAAUUGGUCUUCAUCUUUACAAUUUUUGCUUCAAUCCCUAAAUAUAAAUCUAAUUUGAAUCAAUUAUUAUUUCAAUAGAUAACGUUACAAUUUAUUAGAGUUAUAUUUGUUUUGCUGAAUUGUCAAAUAGCUACGAAAUUAAAAAGUAUUAGCUCCCCAAUUUUAUUCGGUACCAUAAAAUCGGCAUCAGCAAACAUUUUGUAACAUACCUAUUUACUAAGAGUCAAAAUAUGUUAAUAAGUAUCUUAUUUAUAAACUAGAGUAAGUGACGUGUACAAAAUUAAUGUAAAAUAUGGCUUAGCAACGGCCAAAUUGCUUGAUUGCCAUAUACUUGUAGCUAAAAUAUCUAAAUGUGAAUUGUUAUUGAUUAUGGGAUAUAUGCUCACCUCACUAAGUAGGUACAUAAUUAUAAUUACAAUUAAUCAGACGGAUAAUACUUUUAUAUCCAUCAUUACUGAAUAUCUAGGGAAUUAAACACGUGAUAACCAGAUUGAAUAGCUGUUAGUUUAUGAUGAAAUUAGUAAUUUAAAUGGAACAUAAAUUUACAGCCUGUCUAUAGAGACACAGCUACACCAACGUAUUAAAUAAGUACCUACUUAUUUUUUUGAGCAUGUAGAUAAGUACCAAUUCAUAAACUGGAGAUCGGUACAUAAAGAUAGUGCAAAUUGAGAUAAGUAGUUGUUAAAAAUUAAUUUAUAACAUCUCCACAAGAUGUUUUUAGUAAAAAAAAGUAGUAAUUUCAAAAUCUCAUUAUUUUUUGUGUAUUAAAGAUUUUACAAGGAGAAUCAUAAGAUCUUUUUUCUGCUAUGUAAUCUAUACGUUUAUCUAUUCUAAUUUGAAACAGUAAGGUCCUUUUACAGCAAUCGUAAUAAUACUGCUAUGUUCAGACAUAAUAUAAUCAGACUGUUAAACCUUCAUCGUAUAGAUUUAUUAUUUAACGUUAAAAUAUAAAAAUGCUUUUUUAAAUUUUUUUAUGCUUCUUCCAUGAAAAUAUUUUCAAAUUAUAUUUAAUACGAAUCUAAAAUAUAUUUAGAUAGGUAAUUUAUGUAAAAGUAACUAGGUACUUAUGUCUUAUUUUUUUUACUGAAAUCGUCUUAGGUCUAUUUAAUUUUAUGUAUCACCUCCAGUAGUCAUAGUUUUAUUAGUAUCUAUUAAUAGUUAGUAGUAUCUUGUAGAUUCUUGCCUGCUUCUAGUAGAAUAGUAUAUUAUUAUUACGUUUGAUCACAUAAUAUUCUAUGACUUUGAAUCAAACAUUUCCAUCAUGAAAAUGUUUUGCCAAAAAACUUAGCGAUAUCCACUAACAUAUAUCUAUUUCAAAGAUAUGAUUUUACUUCUAUUAAUGUCAGUUUUGAAGUUUGUAUGAAAAUAUUACUAUUUAGUCAUAAUAUAUAGGUGUUAUAGGUAUAAUUACAUUUUAUUUAUUUUUAAAAUAGUCGCACUACACAUGUAUCUAAUUUUAAGACAUGCAUGCAUGGUAUGUAGUACUAUAUAUAAGUGUACGGUAAGUUUAUGUAAAUACAGUGUAAGUAAAUAAAUAUUGGUAUCAUUCAAA